GAAACCCAGCCCUGCCUGAGUCACACGGGCUUGUUAUGCUAAUAACGCAGUAUAAAAAGAAGGGUGGCUCCUCCAGUAACACCCGAACAAACAGUGGCGUCCAGAAGAAGCUGCUCACUUCACCUGCACAGACAUGGCUCCCUGCUCCACCAACUCCUCCUCUGUUCACCACAUCAGGAUCUCUGAGAGAGACAGCAUCAAAUUGAGAAAACCCCUCGUGGAGAAAAUGCGCAGAGAUCGCAUCAACACUUGCAUCGAGCAGCUCAAGAUGAUCCUGGAGAAGGAGUUCCACAAGCAGGAGCCCAACUCCAAGCUGGAGAAAGCCGACAUCCUGGAGAUGACUGUGAGCUUCCUGAGGCAGCAGCUGCAGCCGGGCCUCCGUCACAGCACGGACUACAACCAGGGCUACUCUCACUGCUGGAGGGACUCUGUGCACUUCCUCUCCGCAGGAUCCAACACGGAGGCCUCCGUCACUCCUCUGCGCGGCCUCCAGCAGCAGGAGAAGCGGCACCAUCAGGCCCAGAGAACCAGCAGCUUCUCCACAGUCUGCUCCACCCUCAGGCCCACCACGCUGCAGGACAGCAGCAGCAGCAGAGGCCCCGUGUGGAGGCCCUGGUAGAGACUCUGACACUCAGACUCUGAGAGACCUGAGGGGAGCUGCUCUCUCCCUCACUAUGUAGGAAAUAUGUUUCCAACCUUCUCAUUCAUGUUGUUACUGAAUGUUUUUAAGGUUUCAUCACAUUGAUGAGAGGAUAUCAUAGUAUGCC